UUUCCACCUCACUCAGUUUUUCUACGUUUUUUAAAGUCCCGUUUCGGGGUUUCUAUCUGCACGAACCGAGAAAUAUGGGCAACGGUAAAAUUCUCAAUAUGGCCGCUCUAAAAUGUCAGCUGUUCAAAUGUAAACACGAGUUGGCGACCAAUUCAAAAAUCAGCACGCGGAUUUUAAAAUGGAAAAUUUUCUUAAAUUGCAAGAUUUUUAUGUGGAUUUUGACGAAUUGGUUGAUAAAUUAACCGAGUAUAGGCCAUUGCCACUAUUAAAGAAAUCGCCAUCAGUUUGGGCCUAUGAACGGCAUGGGUGUUUUUGGGAGCGCGAUGUUCUUGGAAGCAGCGAAUCGUUUUUUAUAGAACAUUUCCGAAUGAAUAGGGAGGAGUUUGGCAUCCUUGUAGAGCGCCUUUGUGGAUUGGCCAAAAAAGACACAGAAUUUCGAAGGGCCAUUCCUCUUGAUAAGCGGAUUGCAAUCGCAUUAUACACUUUGGGAUCGUCUGCGGAGUAUCGGACAGUGGGCACGUUGUUUGGUGUGUCUACAGCAAUGGUCUGCAAAAUAUUCUUAGAAUUUUGCCAUGAGACAUGUAGAUUUCUGUCAACCGACUACCUCCCGCAUAACUUCCUCACGCAAUCCAAAUUGGAGGAAUGUGUCAAAGGCUUCGAAGAAUUAGGCAGUGCUUAG